AUGGUGUCUUUGACGAUUCGAGAACGUGAUGGGGAGGAGGCCAAGGUUGGCGAGGAUGGAUUCAAGGUGUUUGGCCGCGAGAUGAGAAAGGACUUUUUGUUUGCUCCCGACUGGACGAACCUCAACCACGGCUCGUACGGCAGCAUCCCCAGAGCCAUACAAGACAAGCUGCGAGGCUACCAAGACGACAUCGAAGCCCGCCCCGACCCCUUCAUCCGCUUCACCCUCGCAAGACUCACCGACGAAUCGCGCGAGGCCGUCGCGGGUGUCGUCAACGCCCCGGUCGAGACGGUCGUCUUCGUCAACAAUGCGACCGAGGGCGUCAACACCGUGUUCCGCAACCUCAAGUGGAAUCCCGACGGGAAGGACGUCGCGCUGUGCUUUUCGACGGUGUACGAUGCGUGCGGGAAGGUGAUUGACUUUUUGUACGACUAUCACGGCGAGGGGCGCUUCACGAGCCGCGACAUUCCGAUUCAGUAUCCCAUUGAGGACGAUGAGAUUCUGCAGCGCUUCCGCGACACUGUGAAAAGUGUCCAGGACGAGGGGAAGCGCGCGAAAGUGUGCAUCUUUGAUGUCGUCUCGUCGAGGCCGGGCGUCUUGUUUCCGUGGGAGCGAAUGGUCAAGGCGUGUCGCGAGCUGGGCGUGCUGAGUCUCGUCGACGGCGCGCAGGGCAUCGGCAUGGUGCGUUUGAACUUGUCCGAGGCCGAUCCCGACUUCUUCGUGUCCAACUGCCACAAGUGGCUCUUUACGCCGCGUGGAUGCGCAGUGUUUUAUGUUCCCGUGCGGAACCAGCAUUUGUUGCCGACGACGCUGGCUACGAGCCAUGGGUAUUUAUCUCAGAGCGGCGAGCACAGCAUCCGCCCUGAACCCCCGUAUAAGCCCAAGGACAAGAGCUUCUUUGUCAACAACUUUGAGUGGACUGGCACAAAGGACUAUUCGCCUAUUUUGUGCGUCAAGGACGCCGUCAAAUACCGCAAGGAGGUGCUGGGCGGCGAGGAGAGGAUCCUCUCCUACCUCUGGGACCUGAACAAGAAGGGCAGCAAGCUCGUUGCCGAGAAGCUAGGCACCGAGGUGCUGGAGAACAGCAAGGGCACGUUGACAAACUGCUCGAUGGCCAACAUUUCGAUUCCUCUCUGGCGAGGCGACAAGAGCGAGGCGAAGGAGGGGGAUGUCGUUGUGCCGGCCGAAGAUGGGGACCGCAUCGUGGUGUGGAUGAUGAGCACGAUGGCGUCGGAUUACAAGACUAUUGUGCCCAUGUAUUGGCUGGGUAACAGAUUCUUUGUGAGGAUUAGUGCGCAGAUUUACUUGGAUCUCGAGGAUUAUGAGUUUGGGGCGGAGACGCUGAAGAAGCUGGUGGAGAGGGUUGGCAAGGGGGAGUACAAGGCUUGA